AAUGAGGAAGGAGAAGAAGAAAGGUAGAAGGAGUUCAGUGGCAAAAUUGUAAUUGUCCAAAAAUUUCACACCCUCAUAUGGAAUUAUGAAAGGUGUCACGCCCUUAAUAAGAAAUUCCCCUUUUACUUCUUAAAAUAAUUUUUGUGAGUUGAAAACAUUAAUUAUCUAUUUUGGCAAUAAUUUGGGGACUAAAAUGAUAUAUCAAUCUGUAAUUUUCUCCACUGCGAUCGGGUCGGAUUACGAAUCGGACUUGGAUAUAAAUAACUGAAAAGACCCGUUUUAAGCAUAUGAAUUCAGAGCGCGAAGAAGAAGAGGAAGGAAGGAAUCAGAAGAAUGGCGGAGGUGGUGGAGAAAGCAGUGGUGCAGAAGGUGGGCGACGUCAUCACUUCCAUUAACGCCUCCAAACACGUGGACCAAGUCAUCUCCGCCGUUUAUUCCCUCGCCGCCCUUCUCUUCCCCAUCGACUCCCUCUCUUUCAUCGGUAGUAUAAGUGAGAAUUACAAAGAUGAGGUGAGGAAUCUGAAGGUACUGAGCGAAAAUGAGAGGAAUGAAUGGUGGAAUGCGUUCUAUAAGGGAGCUGGAUUUCCAGCAUUUGCUCGAAUUCUAUUAUACGAUGUUGCGUCUGAUUGGCUUGCUUGUUUUCCCAUUUCUGCGAGGAAAAGUGUAUAUGAUGUUUUUUUUAUGAAGGGUCAUUUAACUGAAGUUGUUCAAACAAUAGUUCCCUGUCUCCAGCAUAGAGGAGGGCAUACCAGUUAUGAUGUCAAUGCUGUAUAUUCGAAUGCAGAAAGAUUGCUGGUCCUCUGUUUGCUUCAAAAUGAUGGAGUGUUACAAUUAGCUCUAGAAUUUUCUUUAGAUGAGGAGCUUACUGGUCAGAAACUCAGGCAGGAUGUUUCUUUGGUUGCUCAACUUCUAUCUUCUAUUCCCGACAAAGCUCGACCUGGACCAUCUAAUCAGCUUUCAGCACAUUUGUUUUUCAAGAGUAUUGCUGCUCAACUCCUAACUGGAGCCGAAGAAUGGGACAAAACACUACCUGAGGGUGCAGACAGUCUCAAGGAAAUUGAUAAAAAAGGUACCAUCCUUCUUGUUGGGGAAACAUUUGCUCGCAUUUGUCGACGGGGAUCAGCUGAUGUGCUACUGAGUGAACUAAUUCCUCGACUACAUUGUCAAGUAAAGAUUUUUUUGUCUGGAACUGCGGAUAUGACUGUUCCUGAAGCUAGCAAGUUAAAACCUGGUUUCAGGUUUUGGUCGAAACUCAUAGAGGGACUUAAGGAUUCUUAUGCUAUAGAAAGAAUGUCAGAACAGCUCUUACAACAGUUAGCAGCCGAAGAUGUAACUGAUGUUGAGGCUUACUGGAUUCUGUGGACAUUUUUUUACCCUAGUUUUAAGCAGCAGAAGUCAAUCAGGUCUAUGUUUGUGGAAAGAUUUCUGCUCUGGAAAGUAUUUCCUUUUUGUUGUCUGAGAUGGAUCCUUCAUCUGGCUGUUUUUGAAUGUUCACCUGACUCUACUCUGGGUAGUAAACACCAUGAUUCUCAUUACCUCUUUGACACAGUGCAACGCCUUGUUUUAGUCUGGUCAAAGCAAGAAUUUGUGCAAUCAACAAAGCUUGAGCAACAAACUUAUGUAACCGCAGCCUUAGGCCUUUGCCUAGAGAAGAUGUCAAAAGAAGAUUUAGAUGCUACCAAGGAUGCCAUUCAUUCAAUUCUUCAAGGAGUUUCAUGUAAAAAAAUUACCCUACUUAGCUAUGUUAUGUUUUUAUCUAUUUUUAGUGACACAAACUUUCUUUUCGACAAUUUACCAGGUAGGCUGGAGAGUCCUGAUCAUUUGAUCCGUAAAAUGGCUAGCAGCAUUGCUUUGGUAUUCUCUAAAGUAAUUGAUCCCCAAAAUCCUCUGUAUCUGGAUGAUAGCUGCCAUGAUGAGGACAUAGAUUGGGGGUUUGGUUUAGUGAAACCUGAUAAACGAUUGGAGGGUAGACCGGAUUACCAAGAAAAAGGUGAGAACCAAAUCAAUAGUUCAGCUGUGGUACCAGCAAAGGUACCUAAGGGAAAAGAAGAUUUUGGAGCGGGCCACAACGUGGAAAGUACAAAGAAGAAAACUUCUGAAUAUAAGUUAGUUGAUCCGGAUGAGGUCAUUGAUCCGGCAGGACUAAAUGGUGAGAUGACCUCUGACGCGGAACAGGAUGAUUUGGCUAGUGAGGAUAGUGAUACUUCAAGUGACUCAUCACUGCAGCCAUAUGACUUGACGGAUGAUAAUACAGAUUUGAAAAGGAGAUUUUCACAGUUGGCUGAUGUGGUUGGUGCACUGAGGAAAUCUGAUGAUAUUGAUGGUGUGGAAGGGGCUCUCGAUGUUGCUGAAAAGCUUGUUCGAGCAUCACCAGAUGAACUCAAGUAUGUGGCGAGUGAUAUGGUGAGAACUCUGAUUCAAGUGCGUUGUUCUGACUUAGCUGCUGAAGGGGAAGAAGAGUCAGCUGAAGAGAAACGUCAAAAGACACUGAUUGCACUGAUUGUCACCUGUCCACUUGAAUCACUGGAGGCCCUACAAAAGUUGCUGUAUUCUCCUACUGUAGAUGUUAGCCAACGUAUCAUGAUUCUUGAUGUUAUGACAGAAGCAGCACAAGAGCUAGCAAGUACCAGGAUCCUAAAACCAGAACAUAAGCCAAGGGAACUCAUAACAUCUGCAUCAGAACAGGCAUGGUUUAUUCCAAGAAGCAUAGGGCCUCCUGGAGCAAGUUCCUGGAAGGAGGUCGCAAGAGUGGGAACUCCCUUGAAUUGGUCAUAUUCCUAUGAGAGAACACUUCCUCUUAAACAUGCUGAGGUCAGAAGAGGCAAAACACGUCGCUGGAGCACACGGUCAGCUUCAAAAGGAAACCAGCCGGAAUGGUCCCAGAAUGGCUUCCCCCAGUAUGCAGCUGCAUUUAUGCUGCCAGCCAUGCAGGGAUUUGAUAAGAAAAGGCAUGGAGUGGAUUUACUUGGAAGGGAUUUUCUAGUCCUGGGGAAACUUAUCUACAUGCUUGGUGUGUGUAUAAAAUGUGCUGCCAUGCAUCCGGAAGCAUCUGUCUUGGCAUCCCCUCUCUUGGACAUGUUGAGCAUCAGGGAGAUAUCCCAUCACUCAGAAGCCUUUGUUAGAAGAUCUGCUCUUUUUGCAGCUUCGUGUAUAUUGGUGGCCCUUCAUCCCUCUUAUGUGGCAUCAGCAUUGGCCACGGGAAAUGAUGACAUUCCUAAAGGACUUGAGUGGAUUCGCACGUGGGCGCAUCAAAUAGCCGAAGAAGACUCUGAUAGAGAUUGUUAUGAGCUUGCCAUGACUUGCUUGCAACUGCACUCUGAGAUGGCUUUGCAAGCAUCCCGAGCACUUGAAUCGAGCGACAGCAAUUUAGGUGGAGAAAGCUUUGUUCUGCCAUCACCAUUGACCAAGGGAACCAUUAAACUUCCCCAUAGAAUCAUCGAGCUCUGAGUUUUUGGAUCAUACUAUUUGUAAUCUUUUUUGUAAAUUCAUGUAGCAGGAAUCUGAUUUGCAUCUUAAUUCAAUCAUCAGAAAAAUUCUUAUAACGUAAUUUACUCUUACUUUACAAGAUAUAUAUAUAUGGGAGCGACUACGGUCCAGUCGACUGGAU